CUUGAGGACACGCGGCGAAUGCGUCGCGAUUUCUGAUGAUUACCCAGCGUGCCCCGCGGGAAAGAUGGCGCUGGACGGGAUCAGAUGGAGAUAAACUUUACCCGAAAUCUGGAACAGCCGUUAUCUGCACCUGCGAUCAGCAAUAUCACUUCACCUGCUCACCGAGAGAUAACGACACGAGGACGAAGGGUCGGCGGUCGCGCGUGAAGGUGCUCGCGGGGAGAUUUUAACGGACGUAAGCCAGCGAGGUAAAAGAAGGAAAAGCGGGCAAAGUUUAUUCCGUUUGAGCAAAAGUCAAGAUCGAUCUCGGGCUUUGACUGCAGGAAAUCCAUCAGAGGUCAUUGAUAGCCCUGAGGUUCACAUGCUUAACAGGGGAGGAAGAGCAGGACGAAGAGGAGUGAGACUCGUGCUAGGUUGAGUUUCCUUGGCGACCAGAGGGACACACUCGGGGAGAUGACUCUGGAGAAUGCAGCUUGCACACAUGAGAAUGCUCAGGGACUGAGAACUUGUGACUGAGGACAUCACUGACACUCCAACUCCAGUUGCGGGGCUAACAGACAGUGUAUGGAAGCACACUGAUCACCCAGAAUGACGAGUGCUGCUCCAGCCCGGAAACCAUAUCGAAAGGCACCUCCGCAGCACUGUGAGUCACGCCACACUGUGCCAGUGUUCAGAGAGGAUGUAAGUGGGAGUGCCCUGCCGUCCGUCAACUCGGCAUCAUCAGCCCAGCCUGACCCCUUCCAGGAGUCCUUAUCAGAUGCCGACAGGAUAAAGAUCCUGCAGCAGCAGAAUGAAGACCUUCGUCGCCGUCUGUCUCAGACCACUCAUAAGAUGGAGGCGAUGGAGACGGAGUUUGAAACCAGUCGGCAUUACAUGCAGGCAGAGUUGGGUCGCACCAGAGAUGACCUGGAGAAAAUGAGGGACAAAUUCAGGAGACUGCAGAACAGCUACACAGCGUCUCAGAGAGCUAAUCAGGACCUGGAGGAGAAACUUCACGCCCUGGCUGCCAUCAGUCAAACUUGGGUCUAUGCACUCCGUAAGGUGGAGAGAGACAAGAAGACCAUGGAUCAAGAGAUAGUGGAGCUCACGAAUAAACUAGUUGAUGCCAAAAACACUGUCGACAAGCUGGAGGAACUGAACGAGCGCUAUCGGCAAGACUGCAAUUUGGCCGUGCAGCUGUUGAAGUGCAACAAGUCGCAUUUCAGGAACCACAAGUUUGCUGAUUUGCCAUAUGAGCUGCAGGACAUGGUGAACAAGCACAUGAAGAGUAACUUGCCUAACAAGACUCGGGGCACUCCAGGAGCUCAAGCCCAGGACCCUGACACUCUAAGCCUGACCCCUGCAGAUGUUGUGCCCACUUCGGUCAUUGCCCGUGUUCUCGAGAAGCCGGAGCCCCUGGUGCUCAACUCAGCCCAGUCUAGCAGUAAUUCAGGUCGGCCAGUGGCUGAGGAUGUGUUUGUACACGUGGACAUGACGGGACCCCAAGAUGACAAUGGAGGACGUGAGAAUGGGGGACCUAUUCAUGGCCGGCCUCCUGUAGGAGCUGGUUCUGAUCAGCAGCAUGUGAACGGUAUGUGUCGAAGCCAGGGAAGCCUAGAAGGUCCAGCUGGUGAAGAUGGGGCAGCCCCCUCCUUUGAGAAGCUGAACCCUUACCCAGCCCCUCUGCCACCACACCCACUUUACCCUGGUCGCAAAGUGAUCGAGUUCUCUUCAGAUGACAAAGUGAAGAUCCCCAAGAACAGCCCACUGCCCAAUUGCACCUAUGCGACUCGCCAGGCCAUUUCACUCAGUCUUGUGCAGAAUGAAGAGGAAGCAGCCGAGCGUCAGCGUACCGUUCCCAAUAGCCCUGCUGUAUCUGAUGGGGGUUGGCGGUCAGGGACCUCCUCAUCUUCCGGUGGAGGCCAGGCUUCUCACCAACAAACGCCUCCACUGAUGGAUGCCACGGACACUCUCUCUAGUCAUUCAAGCCCCUUUAGCAGUCCUCCUCAGCCCCCCAGCGCCUUCGCCAGCUCAGGUAGUUCCGAGGAGGACCUACUGGUCAACUGGCAGCGCAUGUUUGUGGAAAGAAUGGCGCCAUGCACAGAAGGCUCCCUUGUCAACCGCACAUCCUUAAGCUGCGAGACAGUAAAGGAUCUCCAACAAAGCCACAAUGAGAAAUCAGGGGUUGGGGUCCUAAGAGGUGCUUACUCUGAUGGUGAGGAGGAAUCCUCAGCCCAGAGCUGGACAGCAAGUAGAGAGUCCAGUUUGGAUACAGACACCAGCAGUUUGGCAGACCUCCAAGCAAAGAAGACACAAUACGGUGGUGGCUUUUCCCAGGAGGAGGGCGAACACCUUCUGAUGGCACUUGAUCCACUUGAGAAUGAUGGUGCUAGUGGUGAUACCAUGGUCACCGUAAAGAGCAGUCCAGCCUCUGCAAAGCCUCAGGAGUUUGUAGAAGAUGCUGGCUCUGCAGGAAGUUCAGCCGAGGAACGAGAUAUCCUACCCCAGGACUUUCCAGUCAUUGGCUCAAAAGUUGUAGCUGCCCUUGAGGAUUAUGCAGACAAGCCCCCUCGGACUGGCUCCUCACGGCCUCUAAAGAGCCCCAAGAGAAUGGGGGUUCAUCAUUUGCACCGCAAAGACAGCCUUAGCAGAGCCCAAGAGCAUGGAAACUUGCUGGACUAAGACUUCUAGGUUCACCUUUCUCUCUUUCUUUACCUUGAGUGCUCUUCAUCUUACUAGCAAUCACUAGUCAUUGCAGCACACAACAAAUGAAAGGGAUCAGACCAGCAUUGCUGCAGUCAUCCCUGACCAUUCCGCUGUUGCUGAGGCUUCUUUGUCACUCUUCUGACCUCUGUAUGAGGCAUGGAACUCUCUUAUCUGUGGAAAUUAUGGUAUUGAUGGAAUCUGUGAAGUACCAUAAGUCUGGUUGCAGCUUCAGUAGGUCAAACUAGUGAGUGACAUGCAACAUCAAGAGGACGGUGCUUCAGGGAUCGUACAAGAAUAUUUUAGUCUGACUUAAAGUGACUUUCACCACUCCAAGAUGUGGUUUCGGCUUGGUGUGACAUGAUUGAGUGGUUUACAACAGGACAUAGCCAUACAAUCACAGCUCUGAAAAAGAAAGAGUUCUUCAUUUGAGACAAGAUAAAGCAGUGCAAGAACUGAUCCCUGUGGCAUGGUACGGACAUGGAACACCUUACAAAAUGGAUGUUUUACCAUUAACUUUUGGUCAAGCGUGAGCAUUUUCUACCAAGAUAAUGAUACAUUUCCAGUAUCCCAGUUCAAGCCCUUUGUUGCUGGAAAUGGCACCAAAUGGCCACAACUUAGCAUGCCAGAGGUAUUCUGCUGGUUGAAGCAGGUUUAAUGAAGUCUAUGGGACUCUCAAUUUUCAGUGCCUAACCCUUGCUCUGACAGAGGGGGCUCUCCAUCACCCUUUAAAUGAACAUUUUGUUCCUUCAGUCGGCUUUUAGUCAUCAUAAACUGAGGAUCAUUCACCUCUAAUUUUCAGACAGUUACCUCUCUUCGUUGAUCUACCACUGUAUUUUACAACCCAACCUAAAGACAACUUUUUUUUUUUUUUACUUCAAUAAAAUGAACUAUUAAAGGGUUUUGAUUUGACUGUCGAUAUAUUGGUUUAAUGAUCAAAUACUUGGAUAAACUUCCUGAUUUUCAUUCUCACUUGUUUUAUUUGAUUAAUGAUAUUCAAAACGUAUGAUUUGAAGUAAAUAUUUAGGGUUUUUGUGUGUGUGUAUGUAUUUGUCUUUUUUAAUGUUUGAGUCUAAAAUGUCCCGUUACUCCUCAAAGCGGUUAAGCACUUGCAGAAGUAUAAAAAAAAUAAAUAAAAAAAACAGAUUACAGAAACCUGAUUUUAUACAGUAGUCCAUAAAAAAAGAAAAAAUGGAGAUCAGUAUUUAAGAGUAAGGCUGAAAUAUUUAGAUGUGUCAUUGAUAUUUUGUGUCCUCUAAAUGUGGGGUGUAUUGUGUCCCCUUGCUGCUGACGAGAGAUUGGCAUUCAGAGGGCUUAACAUUUCAAAAACUAUGCAUCUAAUAAUGUUUAAAAACACAACAAAAACUUGAAUCACAGCUGAGCUUUAUGUACGUUAUGGUAACAUUACUGACUUUUAAAUUAAUAAAGUUGCAUACAUUAGAUAAAAAAUGAAAUAAAAUAACAUGCUUUGUUAAAGUGCACUGACACAAACACAUUAUUUAGAUAAUUUUUCUGUUUAUUGUUAUUUGGUUUUUCAAAUCCUGGUUUGAAGGAAAGCCAUGUUUUGAUCUUAACGAAUGUAAUCAUCUUUAAGUAGCAUCCAUUUUCAUUGGUUCCUCAUUAUUCAUUAACUGAUCAUACCUGCUUUAUGUAUUUAAGGGGAAUGUGCAUCCCGCCGUCAUUUGGUGUGUUUUUGUGUGUAUUGUUUUGUGGAAAUCUGAAUUCUCUUGAUUUUAAAUGAUACUUUAUACAGAAAUAUUUUUUUUCCUAUACUGAUUAUUCCUGUCGUAUAUUUCAGUCAUUUCAUUUCAAAAAGUGUUUUAACAUUUUAUGACAUUUAUCAGCUGUUCUGUAAUGUAAUUACAUCGGGCAAGUAAUGAGAGUCCGAUGCAACCAAUACAAGCAUCCUCACACUUUUGUUUUGAUUAUAAAUUUGAGAGAUAAUUAAACUCUGUAUUGCCUUUUGAAGUGCUGCUUGCUUUGUGCUCUUUUUAUUUGCAAGGAAUUUUAGUCUUUAGAGCUCUAGUCUUCACUAGCCAGAUGUCCCAUGAUAUACUCGUGUCAAGUAAUUCAUGCAUUACUGUACUUUGUGUCUAAAAAUUAAAAAAAAAAAAUGUCUGUGUAUUUUUCGGGACUUGGACACACAAUACCCUCCACCUUUACUAACUUAAAGGAACAGUUCACCCAAAAAUAACCCUUCAAGACUUCUGCCAUACUGGUGAUAUGCAAAACAGUAUUCUUCAGGUAAUGUGUAAGAGUAUCUUCUGUAUUUUAGAUUCUUAUGCAAGUCUUUUAUUUAUGGACAUAUCAACCAGUUUAAAAUAAGGUACAACAGCAUUUAUUUUAUUUAGCGGUAUUCCUGGAAAAACAGACUUCUGUAAAAUGUCUGCUGUAUGUAUUCACCUCAAAACUGGCAUGCCACAGCACUCCUUCCUUUGAAUAAUUCAGCUAUAUGUUCCUCAUUGAAGGGCAGAAUGUGCGAUCCAAAGCUUCCCAAGUCCACACUUACUCUUUUCUUGUCUUACACUUUGGUCUUAGUACGUAGUAUCCAUCUUUCUUUGCAGUAUACGAGGGUACCACUAAUAGCCCAUGAUUAAUUGAAGUGUAACGGCCCACCAUGCUGAAUAAUUAAUAUUUGAUUAUGUUCUAAAAUAGCUCUGUGAUGUUUUAAAGAAACCGAGUACAGCCCGUCAGGGUAUUGAUGCCCUUAAAUAUUUCAGUUUCGUCAGAUGUUACGUACACUCAAGACUCCAGUGCACAUAAAGAAAAUAAAUAAUGGCAAGGAAGUCUCUAAUACACUGUGUAUAAACAUGAGCAUUUUUCUUCAUGUCUCUUGUAACUUCAGUCACUCAGAAAUUUAAUUGCGCACAUCUCUUUAAUCCAAGGUGACCCUCCUGGGGUGCUGAAUGCAAAUCAUGCAAAAUCUUCACUGAGAAAUCUAAGAAAAUAAAAAAAUGUCACGGCUGUCCUCCUACCGAAUACGCUAAUCCUCCACCUGCCCAAAGUUAGAAAAACAUACCUACAUUAUCUUCUCUUUAACCUUUAAGACACCUUUUCCUUUGAUCUGAUAAUUGAACAUUUUUAUUUAUCAUUAGGCCAGCUUUCAUAUAUACAUUAACAAGAUUUAUAAUGGCAAGUCAGGUUGAAAAGUCUUAAAUUAGCAUUUGCUAUUGACUAAUGCUCCUGAUUUAAUGUCAAUAUGGAAUCAAAAUGGACCCUAUUUAAUUUGUAAUACAUGUUCCUGGUUGUAAUGCACGUUAUUCCUAAAAAACAAAAACAUUUUAAUAAUCUUCAUCAAAAUGUAAUAACUAACUCUGCCACUCUUGGCUUCUUUUUCCACUUAAUGUCAGCUAGGAUGUGUGGGCAAUUGAUUAAUGUUGAGAACCAAUAAUUCAGGUCUGGCUCCAUUCUUCACUUUUUAUGAUCCAAUCAGUUCCCGACAGAUAAACCCUACAUUUUUAUCUCAAAUGUCCUGUUGUACUUGGAAAUACAUCACAUUACGGAAAUAAAAUGAGUAGCAAAUGUCGUAUCAUGUUUACUUUAAAAAAUGUAUUUAGAGUUCUUUAGUAAUUUAACACUUGAAUCAGAAAUUUGGCUAUUUGUUGAUUUAUUUGCUUUGAUCAAGUUUUGAAAUCCUUGUUUAUCUUGAUUAUUAUGGUCAUAACAUUUCAAAUGAUUAAAAGGGAUAUUUCAAGCGUGAAAAGACUGAAUGGAGCCCAUCCACUUUAUGUUGAUGGUAACGGUUUACUCAGUCGCAGUUCAGAUGUGUAUAAUUUCAAUUUGUGGUGUGUUAUUAUUAUUAUUAUUAUUAUUAUUAAGUCUUUGGCCAGAUUUUUGGUGCAUAAUCUAUAAACCUUGUCUACCAGUCUUACGUAUGUACUUCAGCAAUAUGGUGCUUUUCCCCUUGUUUUAUGUUCCUUGGAAAUCUUUUUUUGUUUUUCAUGCUGUGUUGAUUCCACCAUGGUUUCCGUGGUUGUGUAGAUGUAUCAUUCACAUUUUAAUUUUCCCCUUAAAAAAAUA